GAGCUCGGCGCGCUGUGGCGGGAGUUCCUGGAGCUGGAGCGGGCGCCCGCGCAGAGCCGCCGCAGCCACCUGAGCGAGAGCGGCUCCCACUGGAGGCUGCGGCAGCUCAGCCAGUACGUGGGCGCCUUCCAGGCGCUGGCGGCCCCGUGGUGCCCGGCCGCCGCGCCCGGCGGCGGCCUCGAGCGCGCGGGCGAGCCCCUGGGCGCUUGGAUCCAGAUGGACAGCCUGCCGCAGUUCCUGGUGGCGGAGCAGGCGGCGGCGCCGCUUCCGCAGACCGGCGCAGUGCCGCCGCCCGGGGUCGACCCGUUCGGCGAGGGCGGCUGGACGGAGAGGUGGCACGGCGGCUGGGAGACGGCCCUCGUGGCCCUCGGCGUGCCGUCCCUGGGCAGGCUCGGGGAGCCGCAGGGCCGGGAGGUGCUGAGCCGCGUGGUGGUGGACGCCGUGCUGAUGCCGCUCUGCGAGAGGUUCGGCGUGGUCAUGAGCUUGGAGGAGCGGAUCCCAGCGAGCGAGGAGCACCCUCUCCCCGCCAACGUCCCCGACUACGUCCUGCGCGAGCCCCGCGCGGGGGCGCCCGGGCCAGCGCUGGGCGUUGUCGAGGUGAAGAGGUGCCUCUCCAGGGGCUGGGAGGCGAAGAUGGUAGAG